CUUUAGAGAACCUAAAUUAUGGGCUGUAAUCAAUCAGUUACUGAUAAUAAAAUUCCAAAAUUUUCCUGAAUCAAAGUUUUAAAGACUAAAAAAUGACUACAUAUGUCUAUAAAUGAAGAGGAAGGAACAAUCUAGGGUACCCAAGUCUUUUCCAAGUAGAGAUAGAUCCCCAAGGAACCUUCUAUUUCUCCCCACUAACUCUCCACCAUCACUCUCUGCCAUCCAACUCAAAGCCAACAGAACCUUCACUACAAUUCCCUUCACAUACUCUCCACUUCUUUUUUUCCCUAAUCUUUUCACAAUACUCUUCAACCAAUCUUCUCACUAUUCUCUCCCAACAAUCUUCUCAUCCUCUCAUGGCUUUAGUUGAAGAAGUCAUAGAACCACUGAAAUACCAGACAUUGGCUCUUAAAGUCUCCAUCCACUGUGAAGGUUGCAAGAGAAAAGUUAAGCGAGUUCUACAAUCAAUUGAUGGGGUUUAUAAGAUAGCCUUUGAUGCGCAACAGCACAAGGUCACAAUCACCGGCAACGUCGACGCUGAAACCCUAAUAAAGAAGCUACUCAAGAACGGGAAGAACGCUGAGCUCUGGCCCGAAAUAAAACCCCCAAACCCUAACCCUAAUCCCAAAUCGAAAAAGAAGAAGAAAUCCAAAUCCUCCCAGAAACCCCCGGAAUCGGCCGAGAAUCCCGAAUCAAAACCCUCCGCCGCCACCGACGAUGAUGAAACCCCCGGAGAAAACACCGAAUUAGAUUCAUCCAAAUCCGAUGAUUCCGAUGAAGAACCCAAUAACCCAUCCCCACCCGCCGAUAAUCCCCCACCUCCCACCCCAACCCCCAAUGGCGGUGCCCCCGCAUCCGGCGGCGGCAAGAAGAAGAAAAAGAAAAAGAAGAAGCCACACGCACCAGCACCCACCUCCGCCGGUGGCGGCGGCGGCGGCGGCGAUUCAAAAGGACCAGAGAUCAUCGUCGUUUCAUCACCACAUCCGCCGCCUCUCAGCCCACCCCAUCCUCGCACAUACCAUGUUCCAUCGCCGCAGCCGGUGGUGAGCUACAGCACGGCGAGCUACUUCCCGGCGACGCACUACAUCCCCUCGUCGGCGACGGCGACGGCGACGGCGACGGCGAGCUAUUACGCGAUGAUGGAGCCGGCGUUGGAGCCAGCACCGCGCGAGGACUCGUAUAGUUUGUUUAGCGAAGAGAAUGCCAACGCUUGCCGCGUUAUGUAACCGCCUACGUACUUCGUAUCUUUGUACCGUGAUCGUAUGUGACACGUGUCCGUAUAUUCGUAUACCAUCUAUGUAUAUGUACUUAUCACCAUGCCAUGGUUUAAAUCAUGUUCCUAUGUAUGCAUGCAAAAUGUAUGUAUGUAUGUAUGCAUGUAUGUGAGGGUCUGACUUGGCAACUAAGAAAGGAGAACAAGAGGGAGUUUUUGGUCA